AUGCAGCUGUGUCGCCUCGGUCUGCUGGUAGCCUCCUUUAUUGCCUCCAUUGGAGCACAAUCGACUUUUAGCCCUGCUCGCCCUCCAUCUAUUCCCCUUGCCGUCAGGUCGCCCUACCUAAGCACCUGGCUUAAUGCCGGUAGCGAUGGUGGUAAUGGCGGAUAUCUGGCCGGUCAGUGGCCUGUGUUCUGGCAGAACCAAGUGACUGGGUGGUGUGGUCUCAUCCGUGUCGACGGCAAUGUUUACACUUGGAUGGGAUUGCCUGGCAGUAAAACUGUCAACCAAACAGCGUUCGAGUACACAUCGACCAAGAGUAUCUUCACCAUGAACGUGGAAAACAAGUUGGAGAUGAACAUCACUUUCAUGUCGCCAAUCACCCCCAGCGAUAUUAAGCGCCAAUCUCUGGUUUUCUCGUACCUCAAUGUCGAAGUCUCCUCUCUCGAUGGACAGGAGCAUGACGUGCAAGUCUACGCUGAUAUCUCUGCUGAAUGGGUCUCUGGUGACCGGUCUGCCAUCGCAGAGUGGGAGUAUGGUACCACCGACGGCGUGGCAUACCAUAAGGUCCACCGACAGACGCCGUUGGCCUUCUCUCAGGUCAAUGAGCAAGGUGAAUGGGGUAACUGGUACUGGGCGACCGACGCAACCAAUGGCAUGUCCUACCAAUCUGGCGUAGAUACAGCUGUGCGCGGCCAAUUCUCACAAAACGGCAAGCUGGCCAACAGCGGUGACACCAAUUUCCGAGCCGUCUCGUCCAGCUGGCCUGUCUUCGGAUUCUCUUCUGAUCUGGGCUCAGUCGGCUCGUCGCCCGCCAGCAUGCUCUUCUCACUUGGUCUUACCCAAGAUGAAGCUGUUCAGUUUGCAGGUUCUUCUGACUACGGUCCUUUGCCUUCCCUAUGGAAGAGUUACUUUGAUACUGAGUUGGCUGCGCUUUCAUUCUUCCACCAUGACUACAGCGCGUCUAGCUCAGUCGCAACUGCCUUUGAUAACAGAGUGGCCACCGAUUCUAUUGCCACAGCUGGUCAGGACUAUCUCACCAUUACUUCGCUUUCGGCUCGGCAGGCUUUCGGAGCUACUCAGCUUUGUGGCACAAAGGAUCAUAUGUAUCUGUUCCUGAAGGAGAUCUCGUCCGAUGGUAACAUGAACACCGUCGAUGUUGUAUUCCCUGCCUAUCCCAUCUUCCUGUACACCAACCCGGAGUUUCUCAAACUCGUUCUCGACCCUCUGUACGAGAACCAGGAAGCUGGAAACUACCCUAACGAUUAUGCCAUGCACGACUUGGGCUCAAACUACCCUAAUGCUACUGGCCACUCUGAUGGUAGCGAUGAGAAGAUGCCCUUGGAAGAGUGUGGAAACAUGCUCAUCAUGACCCUGGCAUAUGCUCAGAAAUCUGGAAACAACGAGUACUUGAGCGCUCACUACGACCUGCUAAAGCAGUGGACCAGUUACUUGGUAGAGGAUGCCCUUUACCCGGCAAACCAGAUUUCGACUGAUGACUUUGCCGGUUCAUUGGCAAAUCAAACCAACCUGGCUCUCAAGGGCAUGAUCGGCAUUCAGGCUAUGUCUGUCAUUGCUGAACGAACCGGCAACACUGAAGAUGCUGCCAAUUACUCGAGUAUCGCUCAUGACUAUAUCACCAAGUGGCAGGACCUUGCUAUUGCCAAGGGCGCCACCCCACCUCACACGACUUUGUCCUACGGUGAUACAAACAGCCACGGUCUCCUCUACAACCUAUUCGCCGAUGCUCAACUCGGCCUGGAUCUGGUUCCGCAAUCAGUUUACCAAAUGCAGAGUGACUUCUACCCGACAGUUGCGAACAAGUACGGUGUGCCUCUUGACACUCGCCAUACCUACACCAAAGGAGACUGGGAGUGCUUUACCGCAGCUAUUACCUCGGGCAACACUCGGUCUAUGUUCAUCAAGGACUUGGCUACCUGGAUCAACGAGACACCGACUAACCGAGCUCUGACCGACUUGUACGACACGGUUUCCGGAAACUAUCCUCAAAACACCUUCGUUGCCCGCCCCGUUAUGGGCGGUGCGUUCGCGCCUCUCCUAGUCCGCUAA